GAUGUCUUCUGGUUUUUGCAGGGUGCCAGGGUAUGGCUGCAGGAGCAGGACCAGCUGCAGCCAUGCACUGUUGGCUUGUGUGCCAAUGGAAAUGUUCUCUUCACCUCAGAUUAUGGCAUGGUGUUCCAGUACCCCAAGGCCACCCUUUCCAGAGAAAAGGUCUUACCCAUGCACCAGACCAGCAUUGAUGGGGUAGAAGACAUGUCCAAGCUGGGAGAUCUGCAUGAAGCUGCCAUCCUGCUUAACCUUCACCAGCGCUACCAACAGGGUAACAUCUAUACAAACAUUGGUUCCAUCUUGGCAUCAGUAAAUCCCUACAAACCCAUCCCUGGUCUGUACGGUGUGGAUGCCCUAGAGCUGUACAGACAGCACCGCCUGGGUGAGCUGCCUCCCCAUAUCUUCGCCACCGCUAACGAGUGCUACUGCUGCUUGUGGAAGCGUCAUGACAGCCAGUGUGUUCUGAUAAGUGGAGAAAGUGGAGCUGGAAAGACUGAGAGCACCAAGUUGCUCCUGAAAUUUCUGUCAGCCAUGAGCCAGACCUCCCUCGGGGCCCCUGUGUCUGAGAAGAGCACUCACGUGGAAGAAGCCAUCCUGGAAAGCAGCCCUAUUCUGGAGGCCUUUGGAAAUGCCAAGACAGUUUAUAACAACAACUCCAGCCGCUUUGGCAAGUUCAUCCAGCUGCACUUCUCUCAGCAUGGACACAUCCAGGGAGGCCGAGUAACUGAUUAUUUACUGGAAAAGAACAGGGUGGUACAUCAGAACCCCGGGGAGCGGAAUUACCACAUCUUUUAUGCUCUGCUGGCUGGUGUGAGCGGGGAGCAGAAAGAGAGCCUCUCCCUCUGUGAGCCAGAGACUUAUCGCUACUUGAACCAGUCUGGCUGUGUGACUGAUGAGAACCUGAAUGAUCUAGAGAUGUUCAGUAAGGUCAUGACUGCCAUGAAGGUGGUGGACUUCAGCACCGAAGAAAUCAGAGACAUCUUCAAACUUCUUUCUGGCACACUUCAUUUGGGAAACGUUGAAUUCAUGACAGCCGGUGGGGCCCAGGUUACAACAAAAGCAGUGCUGAAUGUUGCCAGUGACCUCCUGGGCUUAGAUGCUUUUCAGCUUUCUGAAGUGCUGACACAGAGGUCCAUGAUUCUGCGUGGGGAAGAGAUCAGCUCCCCUCUCACUGUGGAGCAGGCAGCUGACUCCAGGGACUCCCUCUCUAUGGCACUCUAUUCCCAGUGUUUUUCAUGGCUCAUUAGCAAGAUUAAUGCAAAGAUCAAAGGCAAAGAAAACUUCAAGUCUGUGGGCAUCCUGGAUAUCUUUGGCUUCGAGAACUUUCAGGUGAAUCGUUUUGAGCAGUUUAACAUUAACUAUGCAAAUGAGAAACUCCAGGAAUAUUUCAACAAACACAUCUUCUCCUUGGAGCAGCUGGAGUACAACAGGGAAGGGAUAAACUGGGAAGCCAUUGACUGGAUGGAUAAUGCAGAGUGCCUGGACCUUAUUGAGAAGAAACUAGGUCUACUGGCUUUGGUGAAUGAAGAGAGUCGAUUCCCCAAAGGCACAGACAACACCCUUCUGGAAAAACUUCACAGCCAGCAUAUGAGCAACCCCUACUAUGUGAAGCCUCGGGUGACAGACCAUCAGUUUGGCAUAAGACAUUAUGCAGGGGAGGUGCUGUAUGAUGUGAGAGGCUUUCUGGAGAAGAACAGAGACACUUUUCGUGAUGACAUUUUAAACAUGCUGAAAGACAGCAGGCUGGACUUCAUCUAUGACCUUUUUGAAAGAGUCUGCAGUCGUUGCAGUGAAGAGACACUGAAGAUGGGCACCCAGAGGCGCAGACCGACUGUCAGUUCCCAGUUCAGGGAUUCUCUCCAUUCCCUGAUGGCCACGCUUAGUACUUCCAACCCAUUUUUCAUCCGCUGCAUCAAACCAAAUACAGAAAAGGCGCCGAACCUCUUUAAUCCGGAUGUGGUGCUAAAUCAGCUCCGGUACUCAGGGAUGCUGGAGACAGUGAAAGUUCGAAGAGCAGGUUUCCCUGUACGGCGCCUUUUCCAGGACUUUCUCAGCAGGUACAAGAUGCUUGUGAAGGGGCCAAGCCUCUCAGACAACAGCAAAGCUGUAUGUGCAGGUUUUCUUCAGACCUAUGACAGCAGCAAAAAAGAAUGGCAGUUGGGUAAAACCAAGGUUUUCCUGAAGGAAGCUCUUGAGCAGAAGCUGGAGAAGGAUCGGGAAGAGGAGUUGAGGAAAGCAGCUAUAGUCAUCCGGGCCCACGUCUUGGGCUACAUGGCAAGGAAGAAGUAUCAGAAGGUGCUAUCCAGUGUUGUUAUAAUCCAAAAGAACUACCGAGCAUACUUCUGGAAGAAGAGCCUGCUGCGCCUGAAGGCCUCUGCGGUGACCCUGCAGAAGCACUGGCGUGGCCGCCUGGCUCGCAGCCUCUACCAGCACCUGCUGCAGCAGGAACUCCGGCGGAAGCAGGAAGCGGAGGAGAGAAGGAGGCAAGAGGAGGAAGAGCAGAUCAGAAGAGAGGAAGAGGAAAGACAAUGGCAAGAAGAGGAGGAGCGUAGGAGGAAACAGGAAGAGGAAGAGGUGAAGGAAAGAGAAAAGGAGCAACUGAAUGCACUACUGCAGGUGGCCCAGGUGGAAACUGUAAACACUGAGGAGGUGGAUAUUCCCCUGCAAGAAGAAGAGAGACGUCAGAUGGAGGAGAUCUUAAGACUGGAGAAGGAGAUUGAAAAAUUGCAGCAACAGAAAGAGGAUCACAUGUCUCUCAUCUCUGAAGACACCAGGAAUGAAAUCUGUCGGCAGCGAGAAGAAGAGAUACAGAGGUUGGAAAAAGAGGCAUCAAGGGUUGCCCAGGAAUUCUUGGAGCUGCUGGAUUUUGGCAAUCUGGAUGAAAGUGUGCAGAACUUAGAGCACUCACUUUCUAGUGAGGGGACACUCAACAUUGACUGCAGCUUGGUGGCACCACUGGCUGAAGAAGAAGUGGAUGAGGGUUUUCAUGCUGAUGAUGAAGGACGCCCAACUUCCAGUUUCAUGGUCUCAAAUCAGCAUGGCACAAAAACCAGUGGUAACUACUCAAAGGAAGUUGCAAACACAAGCCUUUUGCUUCUCCAAAGGGAAGUGGGAGAGGUUACCCCUGCUCCAGGACUACCUGUGGAAAGAACCAUUAGCCCAAAGGAGCAGAGAACCCUGUCUGACCCAGCAGAAAGUGUUUACAGCACUGUCUCUGAUACACAGAGGAGUAACAGCGGAGAGGCAGGAGAGCCCAUUUACACCUCCCCCCCUGAUGUGGAGUCUGACUACGACCAUGAGGAGUUUGAUGGCUGUGGAGAUGCAGGUAACGCAUCAGCUGAGCCUCUGAAUGAUGAGGAGGGUCUGAGACACUCCCAUGGUACCAGCCUGGACUCCAACCGUGGCAGCCUGGACUCGUUUCUGGAAAGUGAGGAAGAAGUGGAUGUUUACAUUGAUACAGAUGAAGAGUUUUGUAAUGGACGAAUCACUAUCUUCAAUGGUUCAGGCCCGCCCUAUUUUCACAGUUACCUCUACAUGAAAGGAGGUCUCAUGAACCCGUGGCGGCGGCGCUGGUGUGUCCUGAAGAACGAGGCCUUCAUGUGGUUCCGCACCAAGCAGGAGGCCCUGAAGUCAGGCUGGCUCUACAAAAAAGGCGGGGGAAUGUCAACCCUUUCACGCCGCAACUGGAAACGCCGCUGGUUUGUGCUUCGAGAAUCCAAGCUGAUGUACUUCGAGAAUGAUAGCGAGGAAAAGCUGAAGGGGACUAUUGAUAUCAGAAGGGCAAAAGAGAUUGUGGAUAUUCAUGAAAAGGAGAAUGCCUUGGACAUUGUGACAGAAGACCGAGUUUACCACAUUGUUGCAGAGUCACCAGAAGAUGCUAGUGGCUGGUUUAAUGUUCUGAGCCGAGUACACAGCGCUACAGCACAGCAGCUGAGGGAAAUGCAGGAUGAGCAGGCCAAUCCAAAGAAUGCUGUGGGAACCCUGGAUGUUGGGCUUAUUGACUCUGUCUGUGCCUCAGACAAUCCUGAUAGACCGAAUUCUUUUGUGAUCAUCACAGCCAAUCGUGUGAUUCACUGCAACAGCGACACUCCUGAGGAAAUGCAUCACUGGAUUUCCCUGCUGCAGAAACCCAAAGGCGAAUCCAAGGUGGAUGGCCAGGAAUUCCUUGUGAGAGGCUGGCUUCAUAAGGAGGUUCAGAGCAGCAACAAGAUGUCCUCUCUGAAGAUGAAGAAGCGCUGGUUUGUUCUGACAAACACUGCCCUCGACUACUACAAGUCAUCCGAGCGCACAGCUGCCAAGCUCGGGACGCUCGUGCUCAACAGCCUCUGCUCCGUGGUGCAGCCCGACGAGAGGGUCUUCAAAGACACAGGCUACUGGAACAUCAUAGUCCACGGGCGGAAGCACUCCUACAGACUGUACACGAAGCUGCUGAAUGAAGCCAUGCGCUGGGCCUCUGCCAUUCAGGGUGUCAUUGACAGCAAAGUUCCCAUAGAAACACCUACCCAGCAGCUCAUUCGUGACAUCAGGGAAAAUAGCACAAACUUUGAAGUAGUGGAACAGACGUAUAGGAGGAACCCAAUCUUGCGAUACACCCAGCACCCUUUGCACUCCCCACUGCUCCCGUUACCGUAUGGAGAUGUCAGUGUCAACUUGCAACAAGAGAAGGGUUACAGCAGCUUGCAGGAUGAAGCAGUGAAGAUCUUUAACUCCCUUCAGGAAAUUGAGACAGUGUCUGACCCCAUACCCAUUAUCCAAGGCAUCCUGCAGACCUGCCAUGACUUAAAGCCCCUCCGUGAUGAAGUGUACUGUCAGCUCAUCAAGCAAACCAACCACAUGCCACACCCCAACAGUACUGCGAACCUGCACCACUGGCAGCUGAUGACCUGUAUGAGCUGCACUUUCCUGCCCAGCAGAGGGAUCCUGCGCUACCUCAAGUUCCACCUCCGAAGGGUAAAAGAUCUCUUUCCAGACUCAGAAAUAGAUAGGUAUGCACAGUUCAUAAGUGAUUCCCUGAAGAGAACAAAGACGAGGGAGUUUGUGCCCUCCCAGGAGGAAAUACAGGCUCUUCUUACCCGUGAGGAAAUGACCACGACAGUGUAUUGCCAUGGUGGUGGCUCCUGCAAAAUAACCAUCAACUCCCACACCAGCGCUGGGGAGGUGGUUGAAAAGCUGAUCCGAGGGUUGGCAAUGGAGGACAGCCGGAAUAUGUUUGCACUCUUUGAACAUAAUCAGCAGGUUGACCGUGCUGUGGAGAGUCGGGUGAUUGUGGCUGAUAUCUUGGCCAAGUUUGAGAGACUUGCUGGCUCUGAAGAAGAGGAGGAAGGACAGUGGCAACUGUAUUUUAAGCUUUAUUGCUUCUUGGAUAUUGAGAAUGUUCCCAGAGAUGGCGUGGAAUUUGCCUUCAUGUUUGAGCAGGCUCACGAAAGCCUCAUAGCUGGUCAUUUUCCUGGGCCGGAGGACACUCUGCAGCGUCUAGCAGCUCUGCGGCUGCAGUAUCUUCAUGGAGAUUAUUCCAAAAUAAGCUGGACCCUUGAUGGAAUCUACCCAGUUAACAGGCUGAAAUCCAAAAUACUGCACUCAACAAAGAGCAGCAGCAGUCACACUCUGGAGAGGAGACGGACCAGCUUCCUUGAAGGGACAUUGAAGCGCAGCUUCAAGACAGGCUCUGUAAAGAAGCAGAAGGUAGAAGAGGAGCAGAUGAUGGAGAUGUGGGUAAAAGAAGAGCUUUCAGCUGCUCGGGCAAGCAUAGCACAAAAAUGGACCAAGCUGCAGGGAGUCUCUCAGCAUCAGGCCAUGGUGAAAUACAUGUCCAUUGUAAAGGAGUGGCCAGGUUAUGGGUCGACCCUCUUUGAUGUUGAGUGCAAGGAGGGUGGAUUCCCCAAUGAUCUCUGGCUUGGCGUCAGCACAGAGAAUGUGUCUGUCUACAAACGAGGGGAUCCUAAACCACUAGAAACUUUCCAGUAUGAGCACAUUGUUUUCUUUGGAGCACCACAGCCCAACACCUUCAAAAUUACAGUGGAUGAGAGAGAAAUGUUCUUUGAAACCUCCCAGGUGGGCGAGAUAAUAAAGAUCAUGAAAGCAUACAUCAACAUGAUCGUGAAGAAACGCUGCAGUGUCAAAUCAGCCACCAGUGUGGACAGUCAUGCAAGCAUCUGGACUAGGUGAUACGGAUGAACUGGCACUAGUUUAGUCAUUGGUAUUUGCAACUUGCCAGCACAAGUGUAGCAAAGAUGUUUUUUAAGAAUUCAACUGACUACUGUAUUUAAAACCUGAAGUGACAUCUACAGUACCAUAGGAUUUGCACCUCUGCCCAAAGACAUUAAACAGUUACAACUGUUGUGAAAUACUAAUCACCCAAAACUUGUUUUCCCCUUGCUUGUUUGAUGAACAAUGUACCUUAAAGAAGCAAAGGCAGAA